AAAGUUGUAGUAUUAUAAAGCAAGGAGACUGAGCUCUGUCCAUCACCUGCCACCGUCACCUGCAGACGUCAAUCACACAUGGAUGGACGUCGCUUUCCUGACACGGCAUUUCUAUCUGAUUGGUCCAGCCUCGGUUUAGGGGCGGGAGCUCCCUGCAUUUGCUGAAUUUCCAUUGGACGAAAGACGCUUUGGUUCGACGUGACGCAGCUUGGAAUUCCCAAAGUUCCCAAGUUCACAGGAGAAGACUGCUCUUACUUAAAACUUACGGUUUGCUAGCGAAAAACUACGUGCGACUGAGGCGUUAACAACAAGGGAUUUCAGAAAGCCAAAUCUGUCUCGUGCUGUGCCAAGUGGAGCCUCGUGAGGGCGAUGUCUGACAGCAGCAACAGCACGGGCAGCAGUGGCUCCUCAACCAACAGCUGGACCCUCCUCUCCCCAGAGGAAGCUGCCAUUGAGAAUGUGGGGCCUGUGGACGACGGCACGGAGAGCCUGGGCGACGCUCCCAGUCUCUCCGAAGAGGUGACAGGAGCUGCUGCCGAGUUCAAAGCGGCUGACAUCCCGGUAGAAACUGUUCUGUCUGAAGAAGGCCAUCAGGUUUGUCAAGAGACCUCACCAGAUCCCAGCGAGGGUCCCAUCCCGUCAAGUCCUUCCCGGCUGAGCCCUCUUCCUCCCAACCUGCUUGACCCUUCAGAGCUUGAUUUGGAGAGUCAGGCUCCUGUUAUUCACGAUAUCGACACCAGCUCCCCAAGUGACAACGAACCCCAGGGCGCCAUGCCUUUCGUCACCAACAUCAGCUCAGAGGCUCCACUGGAUAUCCCAGCUGUUGAACUCCCCUCGGCUGAGCCCGAGGAGUCCAGCUCUGCUCCUCCCACCAGUGAGCCCUCCAUCUCAGCGGAGCCCUUCCUGGACACGCCUGCUGUAGAGUGUCCCGUCCUCAGCGCCGAACCCGGAGUCUACGUCCCCACGGAGACCCUCACAGCCGCCGAUCCCCCACCUCAUGUUGAUGCUGAUAUCAGUUUCAUUCCAGACAGUGCAGAACCUCUAAGCGCAGCCCCAGACAGCCUGGCAACAGAACAUCCAGCCAAAGAAAGCCCCUGGCCAGAGACCAUUGGUUCAGCUGAGACUGAGGAAGAGGAGGCUGCUGUUGAAAAGGAGCCAGCAAGGCCAUCUGAGACUGUGUCUGGAGAAGAAAGAGAGGAGGAAGAAGAGCCAUCCAGCAGUUUGGAGUGGGGGGAGAGUAGCUUUGAUGAUGGACUGAGGAGGAGAAAUGUGCCCUUUGAUGCUGCAAGGCCACGAACCUCAGAUGAGGAAGAUGAAGAGGAGGAGGUAGAAUUUAGGCUGGCUGAAAGGAAGGAGGAAAAGUCCUGGUUCUCCAUGAACAAAUGCAUUGUAGCUGGUCUGGUUCUGCUCUUCUUAGGGUCCCUCUUUCUUUCAGGUGACUUGGACGCCUCCGAACAGAGCGAUGGAGAACAUAGCCAGGACUGGCUUAGCGAUGAUCCACAGGAUAUGAAAGAGCUAUUGGAUAAACUGACACAGGAAAACCAACAAAUCACGGAGCUAGAGGCUCAACUGCAGACUAAGACGGAGGAACUGGACUCUGAGAUAAGGGCCGUGGCUGCCAGCGGUGACGAAAAGGGUCAGGCGGAUUUGGAAAAUGAAAAUGCAAAGCUGAGGGAAGAGCUGUCAUCUCUGCCCGAGCUCAAGAGAGAACUGGAGAGCCUGAGGGCCAGAGUGACCGAACUGAGCCAGCUCACAGCUGAUCCACAAACAGCCACUCCUAGUUCAGCCUCUCAGCCUGAUGACAAAUAUGCUCAGAGUGCUCAAAAAGCAGCUGGUCCAGAGAGGGAAGACGCGGGCGGGGAAGGAAUGCUGAAGGAGGAACUGAGGAGGCAGAAAGUUCUUCUGGAAGAGAGCAAGAGACGGCUGGAGAGGAUGAGAAAAGACGGAGGAGACGGCAAAAAGGUGUGGGACAGCCUGGGAGAGAUCCAGAAGAAACUCUCGGAACAAGUCGAGAGGUGGGGUAAGAAGAAGUCCCCGGAGUCCAAAUGGAAAGGCAACAAAGGCAAAAACGCUGACCGCGAGCAGGGGAAGAAGGACGAAAAGGAGUGGAGAGGCGAGAAAGAGUGGAAGCGCAGCAAAGAGGGCGGAUGGAGGGACAAGGAGGAGAAGAAGGAGAAGGAGCGGAAGCCUCAGAAGCCCAACUCUCACAAGGAGGCCUGGAGGAAGCACCAGGACGAGUGGGAGAGGAAGAAGGACGAGCGCAGGAAGGACAGGGAGGAUAGGAGGAAGGAGAAGACAAACUCCCACCACCACCAUCAGCCCCAGCACCAGCCCCAGCAGCAGCCCCCCCACAGCGACUUCUGGAGGGACCAGGCCCAGAAGCUCCACGCCAACGUCCGCCCGCAGCUGGGAUGCGCCUCGGUGGAGGACUGCGCCGGGCGGGAGGGGCUGUACCCCGUGGAGCUGCCCGAGUUCGACGAGCUGCUGGAGGGCUACCUGAGCAAGCUGGAGGGCUCCCCCAACGAGAGCAAGGACAGGAUCCGGAGGCUGACCGCCGAGUUCUUCGAGGACGGCGUGUUCAUCCACGACAGGGCGCGCUUCGCCGACUUCGCCGAGGACGUGGCCGACGUCCUGGAAGACAUGGCGGACGUGCUGGAGGGCGACCACGACUCCCUGGAGGAGGAGAUGGAGGAGUUUGAGCGCGAGGCCCUGUGGAAGUUCGCAGCCACGGCGUAGAGAUGGACAAGCCCGCCGCAAACGGUCAAACCCACGUGGAAGACAAAGCACAGGUGUCGAUUUUUUCUCGGACAUUUCUCGCCCCCACCCUCUCCUCCUCAAGAGCUGUCAUUUUGCUGUAACUUUCGGGAGCGGUUGUGCCUCUCAUAAACGUGUCCCUUCGAGUCUCUAAUUAUAAGCUAGACUUGUGUUUGUCAUUUUGGACUUAGUUGUUGUUACCUACCUCUGUCAGGUCAUGCCUCCUAAAGUGAAGUCCUGCAGUAAUGUGUCGUGUGAAUCUUCCUCUGCUAUUUAGUGCUGUACACUGUGCAUGUAAGAUACAAUUCAGAACACAGAGAAACAGGGUCUUAAGGAGCCGGUACCUGCAAAUAAUUCUGCUUAUAAAAAAAGUCCAAUGGAUACAGCAUGACGUGUGAAGGAGACUUUGAAUUGGCAGGUCUUUGCUCCUCCUAGUGUGGAAAUUCUCUAAAGAAAUGCCCAGUACUUUUUGUUUGUUUUCUUUCUCAUGCCCUAGAUACCGCUUGCCUUUAGCAGCAGUUCGGUCACAGAAUGAGAAAUCUGAGUUUUAAAAGUGAUAAGAAUCAGAUCAGGUCAGACGGAGGAUUGUUCAAAAGUCAAGACGACCUUACAUCUUCCAGCCAAGAUGUGGGACGUCAGAGAAAGACAGCAAUAGAAAGUGAUAGCCAUAGUUAGAUUGAUGACUGCUGAGCCACUUUGGCACUUUCCUCAAGCAUUUCAGAAAUUGUCGAGCUUAUUUUUUUUUCUGUUAUUUUCUGUAGAAGGCGUUAUUUUUCUUGUCAUUUUUGUCCAGUCGUCGUAAACCUCUCCACUCUCAGAGCGCUCUGAGUAAACUUUUAGAGGUUGGUGAUGUGAAGGAAUCCCUAAAGGGGUUUAUUUCACCUCCUUUCUUUGCUCGCCAAAAUGAGUUCUGAAACCAAACCAGUGUUUUGUUUUCCCCUUUCCUCUAAACUUUUUUCCAUGAAUAGAAAUGAUUGACAGCAUGCUAGUGCUUUAGAUGGGGGGAGACAAAAGGAAAAACAAAGAUCGUCUGUCGAGCCUCUGUUGAGCGUGAGCCAGGAAAAGAUUAAACAAGACUCGCACAAAGCAAAGUCCAAAAGGUACUCUUUCAUUUCUUCUGAGGGAAGAUACAGUCCUUCUUUUUCUUUCACUUUAAAGGUUUAGCUCUUUAUGGGCCAGAUUGAAAAAUGGACGGAUCAACGUUGUUUCUUUUUCUCCUUCAGUGAUUGAAAUGAGCUUUGAAGUGUUUGCUGAUUUAUUUAUUGUCACUGUUCAGCCGUUGUUUUCUGUAUUUUAACCUGAGAAGCCGCGGCUUUAGCUCCGGGCUUCUAUCGCCGAAUGUUUCACUAGUUUUCGCUCAUUUUGCUGUUCAGACGUUUAGUUUACCCUUUUUGCUGCUUAUGUGCCUUUUUCGUGAGGAAUAUCUUAGUUUUUGAGAUGAGGUCUUGGAUUGCAUUUGCUAACGCAAGAAGUAAAAAGAAAGAGUCCACGGCUUUUGGUUUUACUGCUGUUUAUAGGGCAGAGUGAAUGUCAGAGUUUACACACCGAGUGUUGAACUGAUUGUUUUUUCCCUCUGCUGUUUGUAGCAGGGAACCCUUUUUAUGAAGGUUUUCUAGACCAAAGGGUUUGAAAGAAAGAGUACUCCAAACUCCAGAUGUGAGAGAGGGAGAGUUGGAUUGAUACUAGAGGAGUACUUCUGUCUUUACUGAUGAUGUCGGACUGGCUCCCGUCUGGAUGUAACUGACUCCUGGACAAUAUCGAAUUUUCCCCAUCAGCAGUUAUGUCCUCCUUUUAGAAGUUAAAUGUUGAGUUCAAUAAAUUUUUCAUCACAAAGUCUGUA